CCAAUGUAUCACAUUUCUGUUUUGUUCAUAGAAAUCAAUGCAUGAGCUGAUUUUGAAUUUAAUGGGGAACAGGUAUUUGAGAGGAGAAAUGUACAAUGCAUGCGACUCUGUAUGUAUGUCAUGCGUCCUCAUGUAAUUAGGCAAUAGAAGGUUGAGGAAGGGACUGCUGGGCCUGAGUUGUUGGAACGUUGCAUAUAUUGGAAUGAACUGGGAGAAAAAAUUGAAAGAAAGAACACUGUAGUACUAGUCGAGAGAUUUAAAUUCCUAACAAAAUCCAUUGUUUUGGAUUUGAGAGUGUGUAGGCAUAUACUGUACCUAAACACCUAAGUUACAUUCAUCUUAAUUUAGAAUUUUGUAUCUCCUUUAGCUGUUACCUUUGUCUUUUGGUUAUUACAUCUAAUUCAGUAAUUAGUAAUUACAUCUAAUGGGAAUCCAUCAUGUUUUAAUCAUGUUAUUUAUACUUAAGAAUUUAGAUAAUUGGUAAAUCAGAAAGGAAGUUCAGUAUUUGAAAUUUUAUACUUGAAGAAUUUUGCAGCUUUCGCAUAUUUGGUUAUUUUUUUUGUUGUUGAUAACAUUAAAGAAUAAGAGAUGGGAGUAGAAAAGUAACAGUACCAGAAAUAUAUGGACUUCCAGGGCCUGGCUUCUGUUCCCACCAUUCAAUAAAGACGACUGUUGGGAAGUAUCUAAAUUAAAAUGGAGCAAUGCCGUCACAACAAUGGACAAAUAUUUGGUCAGAGAUAAGAUGAGAAAAUGGAGAGCUUACUGUAUUUUAAAAAAUCCGUUUUUUCUGUGUUCUGUGGAAGAUGCCGCUCCUACUGGAACUUAGUACCAUGACUGAGAAACAAGUCAGGAUGUCAGGCUGUGAGUUCUGGAAUCUGGAUUUUUCUUCUGGCUUGCUUGGUGUCUGUGCCGUCUUCCAGGAUAGCUAUGGGCAAAUUCAGUGGGUUUGUUUUCAGUGGACUUGGUAACUGAAAUGUUCCUGCUGUAUUUGAAUCUAAAACUGGUUCAAAGUCUUUAGCCACAGCUAAAGAACAUGUUUUAUUCUCAUAAUCAAGUUCUACUUCUUUCUUAAAGAUUCACUUUCUGUAUGAUUACUUCCAGGUAUGAUUCUCCAAAGAAAUGAGGGACUCGGGAUUUCUGUCCCCUCCUUUAUCACCCAGACUAAUUAUUGCUUCUUCAAGUACUUUCUCUUUGCCCCAUAGUUUUACUCCGUUGGUAUUUAAUUCUAUGGGGGGAGCUGCUAAGAACAGUAGGCAGAAUAUAUUUACCAUAUGCUGACUGGGUACUGCUAUUAUGAGAAAAAGAGUACGAGCUUGUUUCUGGAAGACUCUAUGCUUUUCUUCAUUUACAUGGAACCCCAGGUGUUCAAGGCUUGAAGAACUGAUUAUUAUGGAAGGAAGAGUCUGAUAAAUGAAAUAAUUUUACCAGGGCAUUAUUGAUUAAUGAUUUAUGCAGUAGCCUUAUAGGGUUGUCAUAGGCAUUUUAGGAAGUGUGGCACCAGAAAGGAGGAAACUAUUCUUGGGGACUUUUUCUUCAAAUUAUACCCAAGUAAGUGGGUGCCCACUUACUUUCAUUCAUCUGUUCCUUCAACAAACAUUAGUUGACCACUUACUGAAUGUCAGUUACUUUUCUGGGUACUGGGGAUGAAGUAUUUCAGAGUGGUUAUGAAGAAUAAAUCAGGGCUAGAGAGAGAUGGAAAGUUGGUAGCGGUAUUUUAAUUAGGUGGACAAGGAAGGCUUCUCUGAAGAGGUGGCAUUUUAGUUUAGACCUAAAUAGCAUAAGGGAUUGGGCUGUAGAAACACUUGGGGAAGAGAAUUCCUGCAAGAAAGAAAAGCCACUAGUAUCUAAAACGUCUCCUGAUUUUACAAAGUGAGUUUUGGGGAUAGUGGUAUUUGGAAGAUAGAAUUUUGUCUUACAAGCAGCUGUUCAGGAAUGUAUGUAUAAUAUAUAUCUAAACUAUACUCUAAAGUGUAGGGUGGGGUGGGAAAAUGACCUGUCAAGAUUUUAUUACGACAGCUCCAGAAUCGGAAGAAAAAAUAAAUGUUUAAAAAGUGGUGGCAACACAUUUUAAAUCAACCAUACCCCAUUAAAAAACAUUUUUUUUAAUUAAAAGAGAAGUGGUGGGCAUUUGGAGAGUUGUUAGUGAUUUUUAGGCUUUAUUUUUUAUAACUUUAUUACUGUUUAUAAAAGUAAUACAUUUUAUUAAAUUAGGAUAAUUCUAUUUCUGACAAAGAUACCAAAAGAAAGUAAAUUAUAAUCUUACUAAUGAGUAUAGAUACAAAAAUCAUAAAUAAAAUCAUAAUAAAUUUAUAAAAUGCAGUCAUAUAUUAAAAAAUCCAAUUACCAAAUAGGAUUUAGGUACAUAGGGAUAAAUCAAUUUUAAGAAAACUAUUAAUAUAAUAUCUACGCCUACUAAUAUGCCAUAUGAUAUGUUAGGAUAAAGUACUUGAUGAAAUAGGAUUUUAUGAAAUUCAGUAUUCAUCCUGAUAAAGACUCUUAAUAAUACAGAUGUAUAUUUCCUUAACAUUAUUAAAAAACUUAAAAUCAAGAGUUAGAAUCCUAUUUAAUGGUGAAGUACUGGAGUAUUUUCUCUAAAGUUGGAGAGAAAGUCAGUAUGUGCACUACCAUUACUAUUAUUUAACAUUUUCCUGUAAUCAGACCAGAUAAUGAAAAAAUAUAUAAAUAUUAUAAAGGAGACCAAAUUAUUAUUUGCAGAUAAUAUGAUUUGCCACCUGGGAAAACCAAAGGGAAUCCACAAAAACACAUUAGAACUAAUAAGAGUGCCUAGUAGUUUGGUGGGUACAAAAUUAACAUAAAAAUAUCUAGCUUUCUUUUGUAAGGACUGUAAUUAGUUAGAAGAGAUCAUGGAAAAUAAGCUCCCUUUCAGAAAAUAAACAAAAAAAUGUAAAGUGUUGAGGAAUAAAUGUAAAAGAUAUAUGGGACUUGUUUGAAGAAAACUAAUUAAUGAUACUUAAGUAGACUUCAGUAAACAGAGAGAUAUACUUCGUAUUUGGGUAAGAGAAACGAGAAGGGUCAGUAUUAGGCAGGAUGUCAGUUUCCUCCAAUUAAUCUAUAUAUUUAAUUCCAUCUCUAUCAGAUGCUAGGGCAAGUUUGGGGGAAGUUGGUCAUAUGGACCUAAAGAUUAUGUGGAAGAGCAAACAUAAAGGGGGAGCCAGAGCAGUUUUUGCAAAGGAAAUAUAUAGCAGGUAGGUCUCGUAGAAAUGGGGAAUUAAUGCAGAAAAAAUAAAAAAGGAUUUAAGUAUAUUUUAAAAAACACAACGAGUGCAAGUUUUAGAGCGCGUCUGCUUCCAGACGAACAAGAUUGGGAGUUCUUCCGCUUCACACAGUGAUGGAAUAACUGAGACCAGAUUUAUACUCCCACCAUAAACAACUAGGAAAGUGAACAAAACAUAUGAAACCACGGUUCUGAGACAUUCGGCUACGGUCUGAAUGUUUGUGACCCCCACGAAAUUCAUAUGUUGAAUCCAGACUUCCAAAGAUGAUGAUUAUUAGGAAGGUAUUCAGAGGUAGGGCUUUAGGGAGGUGAUUAGGUCAUGAGGGGGGAACCCUUAUGGGUGGGGCUAGAGCUUUUAUAAAAGGCUCCAGAGAGAUCUUUUGCCCCUCCUGUCACGUGAGGGUACACCAAGAAGUCUACGACCUGGAAGAAGGCCCCCACCUGGUCACGCUGCUGCCCUGAUCUCGGGCUCCAGCUUCCAGACCGUGAGCGAGAAAUUUCUGCUGUUGCUCAGCCACCUGGUCCGGCCUUUUGUUAUCGUAGCACGAAUGGACUAAGACAGCUGGACGACAGGCAGUGCAAGGCUGUGCCUCCUGAGAAGAGAGAAGUGGUUGCGCUGACUUACUGCUUGGAGCCACUUUCUGGACCACAGCGUGGGAAGGAGGAAUCCAAGCAGGGUGUGACGGUGUCGCUGAGUUGAGGAAACAAAAUUUGGAAUUUGGAGAGGCUAAUGCAACUAAUUUGAGGGGCAGAGUAUCUGAAAGGAAGAAGCUGCCCAGAGGAGGAAUGUCGGAACUCAGCCUUGGGUUCCCCUAGUCUUUAGCUGAAUGAGCCCCCAGGUGUAGUAUGAAACUCUCUGAAGCCAGGCAAAGAAUGAUCAGAAUGGUGUGAACUCAGUAAUUUACUGAAAAAACCUGCAGAAUUCACUCAGGGCUGGGAGAUCCUAGAGUUCCGCUCAGCUGGAGUGGAGGGUCCUUGUUAACUGCCCAGGGCGUUCAUUGGAGACUCUGGAAGAGUCAUGCCUUACAGUAGAGCUGAACUAGCCCUAGAAUAAAGGGGAGUCCAGACUUGCCCUAAACAGGGUUAAAAACAGGCCUUGAAAGUUGAUCCAUAAGUAACGUAACUAUCUGUCAUAGUAAACGUUAUUAAAAUAAAACAAUGUAAAUUAUACCCAACAAUGUAAAUUUUACAUAUGAAAUACCCAAUCAUGUUAAAUGCAAGGAAGCAGGAAUAAUAUAACUUGGAGAAAAAAUUAUCAAUGAAAACAGAUACAAAUGGUAGAUAUGAUGAAAUUAGCAGGUAAGAUUUCAAAACAGCUAUUAUAAAUACGCUCAAGAAAUGUAAAGAAAACAUGAAUCUCAGAGGAGAGGUGUAAAUGACAUAGAAGAACCAAAUGAAACUUCUAGAAAUGAAAUAUAUACUAUAUGGAAAGAAGAAUUGACUGUAUCAGAUUAAAAAUAAAUUUGGUACUGUGUAAGAAAAGACCAGUGAAUUUGAAGAGGGCAAUAGAAACUACUUUAUGAAGCGCAGAGAGAAAAACUGAAAAAAGAAAAAAAAAAAAAGAACAAUGACUUGGUUACCUGUGGGACAAUAUCAAGUUGUCUACCAUAAUGUGAUUGGAGUACCAGAAUGAGAGAACAGAAAAGACAUGUGAAGAAAUAAUGGCUAUAAAAAUUUCCAAGUUUGGUGAAAAAUACAAACCCAUAGAUCUGAGAAACUUAAACCCUAAACAGGAUAAAGCAGAGAGCGAAUAGACUGGCACAUCUGUAUCAGAUACACUGGUGCGUUAUUAGGUACAUCAUAAUGAAACUGCUGAGAGCCAAUUUCAGAAAGAAAAUCUUAAAAGCUUCCAGAGAGCUUUUCCUUUGGAAGCCGCUGGGUUGCGAGGAGCGUGGCCGCCUCCUCUCCCCGCCGUGGCGUGUGCUCACCCACUGAUAUCCGUGUACUCCGAAAACGGGGAGCCAUCUGGCACAAAUGUCACUUUGCCUGCUGUGUUCAAGCUCUGAUUUGACCAGAUAUUGUGAACUUUGCACCAACUUGUGCAAAAACAGCACAGCCCUGUGCUGUCGGUGAAUUAGCAGGUCAUCGAACCAGUGCUGAAUCUUGGGAUACUGGCAGAGCUGUGGCUCGGAUUCCCAGAGUUCGAAGUGGCGGGACUCACCACUCUGGCCAGGGUGCUCUUGAAAAUAUGUGUCGUGGGGGCCACGUGUUUGCGCCCGCUGGCGACGCUGGCACCGCAGAGUGAACGUAAUGCAGAAGCGAGACGCCAUCUGCUCUGCACUGGCUGCCUCAGCGUUACCAGCGCUGGUUGUGUCUAAAGGUCAUCGUAUUGAGGAAGUUCCUGAAUUUCCUUUGGUGGUUGAAGACAAAGUUGAAGGCUUCAAGAAGACCAAGCAGGCUGUUUUGCUUCUGAAGAAGCUUAAGGCUUGGAAUGAUAUCAGAAAGGUCUACGCCUCUCAGAGAAUGAGAGCUGGCGAAAGCAAAAUGAGAAACCGUCACCGUAUCCAGUGCAGGAGACCCUGCGUCGUCUGUACUGAGCGCAUCAUCAAGGCCUUCAGAAACAUCCCUGCAAUUACUCUGCCUAAUGUGAGCAAACCGAACCUUUUGAAACUUGCUCCUGGUGGGUAUGUGCUACGUUCCUGCAUUUGGACUGAAAGUGCUUUCUGCAAGUUAGAUGAGCUGCAUGGCACUUGGCGUAGAGCUGCUCCCCUCAAGAGUAGCUACAGGGCUUCCCUGGUGGCGCAGUGGUUGAGAGUCCGCCUGCCGAUGCAGGGGACACGGGUUCGUGCCCCGGUCCGGGAAGAUCCCACAUGCCGCGGAGCGGCUGGGCCCGUGAGCCAUGGCCGCUGAGCUUGCGCGUCCAGAGCCUGUGCUCCGCAACGGGAGAGGCCACAACAGUGAGAGGCCCGCGUACCGCAAAAAAAAAAAAAAAAGUAGCUACAACCUCCGCAUGCACAA